AUGAUCUCGUCAUCCACAUCUAUCACUACCAAAAAUCUCGAACCAACAAACGCAAAUCCCUUUAAAAACUUCUUUGAAAAAUUAUCUCUAUCAUCUCUUACUUUCAAAAUGAAGUUCACGGUCACUUUGCUUGUAGGUAUAACAAACCUCUGUUCAGUUCAAAGCAAAACAAGCAACCCCGGAAACUUUUUAUGUAAUCUUGACAAGGAUAAGCCACAGGGAACUUGCACCCUCAAAAGAAUAGACCGAGGAGAAGUCACCUACUUUUUCAACAAGGCAAAUUCUAUGGGUAAUAAUCAGUUUAGCUGCGUGCAUGGUGUGACAGUCAAUGGGGCUUAUCCAACGGGUGUUGACUGUUGUCGUAAGGACCAAAUUAAGCCUGUGGCCCCCACUGGUGGCGGUGGUGUAAAUUCCAAGGGGGUGGAUGAUACUACAUAUAAAAAACUCUGUUCAGAUGCUAAUUUCAAGGUGGAUAACUCCAAAUAG